GCAAAUCAACAGGCUGGGAAGAUGGUGGCUGGGGAGCCUGGGAUGAAGCAGAAUUACAAGAACCUGAAGAAGAGGAAUCUACUUCCAAGAACCAGAGAAAUUACUGGCUUCAGGACUGUGUGUUGUCCUUGUCACCAACAAAUGACCUGAUGGUAAUAGCUAACGAACAGAAAGCAGUUUUUUUAGUGCCUAAAUGGAAGCAGAGUGACAAGGGAAAGGAGGAAAUGCAGUAUGCGGUCGGCUGGAGUGGCUCUCUGAAUGUUGAAGAAGGAGAAUGUGUGAGUAGUGUAUUAUGUAUACCACUGGCAAGUCAGAAGAGGAGUUCCACCGGCCGUCCUGACUGGACCUGCAUUGUUGUUGGCUUCACCUCCGGCUACGUUCGUUUCUACACCGAGAGUGGAGUACUCCUUCUUGCACAGCUUUUAAAUGAAGAUCCUGUCCUACAGCUUAAGUGCAGAACCUACGAAAUUCCCAGGCAUCCUGGUGUCACAGAACAGAAUGAAGAAUUAAGUAUAUUGUACCCAGCAGCAAUUGUGACAAUUGAUGGUUUCAGCCUCUUUCAGUCCCUUCGUGCGUGUCGCAAUCAGGUAGCAAGAGCUGCAGCAUCUGGCAAUGAGAACGUUCAGCCCCCACCAUUAGCUUAUAAGAAAUGGGGUUUGCAAGAUGUGGAUACGAUUGUUGACCAUGCUAGUAUUGGCAUCAUGACGCUGUCUCCUUUCGAUCAAAUGAAGACUGCCUCCAAUAUAGGCGGAUAUAACGCAGCUAUAAAAAACAGCCCACCUGCUAUGUCUCAGUAUGUUACUGUUGGAUCCAAUCCUUUCACUGGUUUCUUUUUUGCCCUGGAGGGUAGCUCGCAGCCACUGUUGUCUCAUGUUGCCUUAGCGGUUGCAAGUAAACUGACUUCAGCAUUAUUUAAUGCUGCCAGUGGCUGGCUUGGUUGGAAGAGUAAACAUGAAGAAGAACCUGUCCAAAAACAGAAACCAAAAGUAGAACCUGCUACCCCAUUGGCAGUGAGAUUUGGACUUCCAGAUUCCCGUCGCCAUGGUGAAAGAAUAUGUCUUUCUCCGUGUAACACUUUGGCAGCAGUGACAGAUGAUUUUGGAAGGGUUAUUUUGCUGGAUGUUACAAGAGGACUCGCAGUUCGCAUGUGGAAAGGAUAUCGUGAUGCGGAAGUUGGUUGGAUACAGACUGUAGAGGACCUUCAUGAGAGGGAAACUGAGAAGAUGGAUUUUUCUCCUUUUGGAAACGCACAAGGUCCAAGCAGAGUGGCUCAGUUCCUUGUGAUCUAUGCUCCGAGAAGAGGCAUUCUGGAAGUAUGGAGCACGCAGCAAGGGCCUCGGGUUGGAGCCUUCAACGUGGGGAAGUAUUGCAGAUUGUUGUAUCCUGGUUAUAAAAUAAUGGGUCUAAACAAUGUGACCAGUCAGGGAUGGCAGCCCCAGACUCACCAGAUAUGCCUUGUUGAUCCGGUCUCUGGAAGUGUAAAAACGGUCCAUAUACCCUUCCAUUUAGCACUGAGUGAUAAAAAGAGUGAGCGAGCGAAGGAUAUGCAUCUAGUGAAGAAGCUAAAUGCUUUACUCAAAGCUAAAACCUCAGAUCUGGAUCUGAUUGAAGCUGAAGCAAAGGAGUUGAUCCUUGAUAUCAAAUACCCUGCUACAAAGAAACAGGCUCUGGAAAGUAUAUUGACAAGUGAACGUGUGCCACUUUCGUCUCUCACAAACAUCACUCAGACAUUAAUGGAUAAUUUAAAGAAACAGG